UUUUUUAAUUAUCUAAAUAGAUGGUAAACGCGCAAAUAAAAUAACGCGCAAUAACCAAAUUAAAAAUAAUUCUUAAAAUAUUCAAAUUCGUUCUAUUUUUAUGAACUGUUCGUGCGCGUGCUCGGGUAAUCUGCACUUGUGAAACUUUUCGCCAAAUUAAUUCUACACCGAAAUCCUAAACGAGUCGAUUAAACGACGUAAAAACGAUUAAAACGACAAGAACUAACACGUACAUUUAAAACACUUAAAGUUUACAACAUCCCUAAUCGCUCUAAAUUAUUAAUUUCCUCAAAUGUUUGGUGCGCAAAUACCAAAUCAUUACCAAUCACCUGCAUAAUCGAAUUAUCCGCCCUCAAUACACAGGCUUGUUUUCACACCUUGCGAUGUUUGCGCAUGCUUGUGCUAAACCCCAAAAACCCAAAUCCAGAAUGUCCAGCCUGUGCAGAAAGUCGGCGGUGUUUUUUUUUUUUUUUUUUUUUUUAUCCCUCCGGCGGAUAUGCAAAAAAGGAAAACUCCUUCUCUGACGUCAGAGGGGUAUAAAAAAGGCCAAAAAGGGACAAUUCAACUGGAGCGCAAAACACGAGCCUGUAAACAGCCUCACACACUCAUACACACAGUGCUGCUUUGGAUUUUUUUUUUUUAAUUCAGCAACUAUGAGGAGAUCUAUCGGAGACUGAUUUCGGAUCCGUAAACUUUCCCGACUUUAGGUAUUGCAUAUUUUCUGUUGCUUUUUUCACACACUGCAUAGGCUGUUCUCUGCUCGCGCCUGCGACUUGGUUUUUUUUUUUUUUUUUGCCAUUCAGUUCUUUAUUUCUCACUUUUAUUCUGUGCUGCGUGUUUUCAGGCGCUCUUCGUGCUCCCGGUCUUUAUUUUUCCUCCCGGUGCUCUGCGUGAUGCCCGCUGGCAUGUUCAGCAUCGACAGUAUCCUGGCCGGUAGAGCUGGCAGAGCUGGCCGAAGUGCCCGAGCAGGCUGUAAGGACUCUCUCCUGCUCAGUGGGGAUGAUGGGCCGAUCCUCUUCCCCGGGUUGUCGGAAUCACUGGCAGCCGCGGCUCCUGAUUACAGCGGAGUGUAUUCAGCCCGGAUACCGGCUUACAGCUCCUACUGCUACGGCGCGAGCGCGGCACCGAGCUGCUGCCCAGGAUCCUUACCGAGUCAGUGUCCGUGCAUGCCAACAGUGUACGACAGUCCUGGCUCGGUCCUGAUGUCUCCGGUUCCUCCUCCUCACAUGAUGUCCUACAUGUCCAUGUCCCCUCUGGCCCCUCUGACCCCCCUGAGCUCGGUGUCGCGUGCGGAGCUGCAGCUCCUCAAUCAGCUGCACUGCAGGAGGAAGCGGCGGCACCGCACGAUCUUCACCGACGAGCAGCUCGAAGCGCUCGAGGGCCUUUUUCAGGAGACUAAAUACCCGGAUGUGGGCACUAGGGAGCAGCUGGCCCGAAAGGUGCACCUGCGCGAGGAGAAAGUGGAGGUUUGGUUCAAAAACAGACGAGCGAAAUGGAGAAGGCAGAAACGAUCAUCCUCGGAGGAAUCAGAAAGCACACAGAAAUGGAACAAAUCCGCUAAAGGCGCGACUGCAGAGAAAACAGAGGAGAGCAAGAGCGACGCGGACUCGGACAGCUGAUAAACACACACACAUACACACACACACACACACACACACACACACACACACAUUUAUAAUGUCUUAAUAUAAUCACCGAUCGGACUUGUACAUAAUGUAAAAUAAUGUCGUGUGAAACUGAAAACGUAAUGUUAUGUUUUCAUGCUGUUGCACAGAUGUAUAGUAAAUGUGACUUUAGCAUUGAUUAUUGUUAUUUAUAUUAAUUUAAUGUUUUGUUAAACAGCAGACAAAAUAUAGCCUACCGUGGUCUGGUCAUAUGAAUAUUAAAUAUUACUAUCACGUGAAAGCUCUUCUUUUUUAUUUUAAAAUUAUUAUUAUUAUUAUUAUUAUUAUUAUUAUUAUUAUUAUUAUUACUACCACUAUUAUUAUUAUUAUUUGUAAAAAAAAAAUA